ACCAGCUUCUCCUCCUCAGGACGUGAGGAGACCACUGAGGAACACAUCCAUUUAUUAAGUUCCGUUUCACAUCAUUUAUAUCCUCCCCCUCGUCUCUGUGCCUGAGUGUCUGCUGAGCUGACUGACUGCCUGGAUGGUUGGCUCCCUCUCUCACUCUACACUCACUGGCAGUUUACUCACACUCUGCGUGCGCGCUUCGCUGAGACUGCAGUGGAGAGAGACACUUGCGAUGCAAAAGCUCUGAAGAAGUGGGAUCUCUGCAAGAUUUCUCUCUGUGUGUUUUUGGUGGAAUAUUAGAUGAGAGCAGAGGAAAUCUUUGGCUCUCUCGCUCCUCUCGCACUGACCACUGACCAUCACUCCUGUGCUGCAUCCAUGACUUUACAUACCCGGCUGGUGUACGGGCUUGGAUUUAUAUUGGUUUUGGCACUUUGCUUGGCACAAGUCCAGGGGCUGCAGUGCUAUGGCUGCAACAUCAUCCAGGGUCAGAGGUACGUGGACGUGGGCUGCUCUAACCCAGAGGUCAUCACCUGCACCCACUCACACAAAGGCUUCAAACACCGCUUCUGCAUUAAGACAGAGAGCACGGCCCUGGGUAUUGUCCUGACCAGUGGCUGUGCCACAUCUAGACACUGCCAGCAACAAGAGCUGCCAGGGGUGCGCAUCCACUGCUGUGACUCCGACCUAUGUAACAGCACCCCCUCCUGGCAUCCAAGCACACUCCACUAUAUAUGUGCUGUGUUUAGCCUCCUGAUGCUGAGGAUGUGGUUGUGAUGAGGGGUCAUUUUGGAGAGGAACAAAACAGCACUGGACUUUGAGAGGAACAUUUUGUACGAAACAAACUCAAAAAUCUAUUCUCUUAGCUGUACGUGUAUAGGGCUAAAUAAGAGCGUGGUGUCACAGGUGAGCACCUUCACAUGAUGAUGAAGCAUGUUGCUGUCAUCGGUGAAUUUAUUGUGCACAUCCACUUACUCAAAUUUAGCAAAAAGUGUAUAAUAGGUCAUUUUGUUGCCAUAAAAGGAAUAGAUUUAUUCAGAUCAUAUAUGUUAGCUCAUAUAAAACUCUACAAGUAAAGACAAAUGCACUGACUUCAGUUUUAUAAAUGUUCUAAUCCACUUUACAUUGAGACCAAAAUCCAUUUUAUCUUCAAAGGAGUUUAUUAUCUUUGUGUGCAGCAUGUUCUUUUAAAGUCACAAACUGUUCUCCUGGCUGAGCUUGGGAACAUGCACUGCAUGUGGUUUUGUCUAUGAUAGUAAGACAUAAUGUACAGUGAAAGCAUGUAAUGUUGUGAAUUGUUGUAUUAAAACAUUUCAUAUUUUUCAAAA